GAUACCAUUAAAUUUUAAGGAGAUGACUGGAUCAUUGAAUCCGGGAUCGAAUCCGGAUCGGGUUUUAUCUCCGACGAGCUCGAAAUCGGUGACGCAGACGGUGAACGGGUCACAUCAAUUCGUGAUUCAAGGAUACAGCUUAGCGAAAGGGAUGGGUAUAGGGAAGCACAUAGCGAGUGAUAAUUUUUCCGUCGGAGGUUAUCAGUGGGGGAUUUUCUUCUACCCGGACGGUAAGAAUCCGGAGGAUAAUUCGUCGUACGUCUCUGUUUUUAUCGCAUUGGCGAGUGAAGGAACUGAAGUUAGGGCGCUUUUUGAGCUAGCUCUUGUUGACCAAAGUGGAAAGGGGAAACACAAGGUUCAUAGCCAUUUUGAGCGGUCACUUGAUGGUGGACCUUAUACACUCAAAUACAGAGGAAGCAUGUGGGGAUACAAGCGUUUCUUCAGACGUUCUAUUCUUGAGACAUCUGACUACCUGAAAGACGAUUGCUUGAUAAUCAAUUGUACAGUUGGAGUUGUGGUUUCAGAAAUACAAUGCCCACAGUUACACUCUGUUCACGUCCCUGAUUCAGAACUUGGAUCACAUUUUGGUGUUCUACUGGAUAGCAUGGAAGGUUCUGAUGUAACUUUUGACAUUGCUGGCGAGAAGUUUCUAGCUCAUAAACUAGUACUGGCUGCUCGAUCUCCAUUUUUCAAGUCUAAGUUUUUCAGUGAGUUUGCAGCAAACAAUACAGAGGUUACUAUUAAUGAUUUGGAACCUAAGGUUUUUAAGGCUUUGCUACAAUUCAUGUACAAAGAUUCUCUUCCAGAAGAUGUGGAGCCUGCAACAACUCAUACAUUUGAGCGCUUAAAGCUGUCAGAAAUAUACGAGACAUUGAUUGUAAAGGUUUUAGCAGCAGCAGACAAGUACGACCUGAUUAGGCUCAGGUUGUUGUGUGAAUCUCACAUCUGCAAAGGCGUAUCAGUCAAAUCUGUCGCCAAGAUCUUAGCGUUGGCCGACAGAUAUAAUGCUAAGGAACUGAAGAACGUUUGCCUUAAAUUUACUGCCGAGAACCUAGCAGCUGUACUGGAGACAGACGCUUACCAACAGAUGAAGGAUGAAUGUGUGACCCUCCAGUCCGAGCUUCUGAAGGCGGUGGCUGGUCACGAGGAAGGCAGUAACAGUACUGGAGGAGCAAAGUCUCAGAGCGUGUGGGCCCAACUUUCUGAUGGCGGUGGCGAUACCACCAGCAGACAUGUUAGACAACGAACCACCUAGAGCCUCAGCAUGCAUUUUCUCAGGUUAAUAAUAGCCAUAGAGAGGG